AUGCGGAUCGCGCUGGCGCAGUCCCUCUUUGUGCAGCCAGACUUGCUCCUCCUGGACGAGCCCACCAACCACCUGGACGUCCACGCCGUUACGUGGCUGGAGGAGUUCCUCAAGACCUGGGAGAAGACGGUGGUGGUCGUAUCCCACGACAGGUGCUUCCUGAACAACACCACCACCCACACCAUUUUCCUGCACCGCAAGAGGCUUUGGUACUACGGCGGCAACUACGAGACUUUCCUGAGAGUACGUGCCGAGCAGCGCACCAACCAGGAGGCGAUCGCCCAGCAGCAGAAUCGGAAGGUGGCUCACUUGAAGCAAUUCAUCCAGCGCUUCGGGCAGGGGCACAAGAAGAUGGCGAAGCAGGCAGGUUGA